AUGGAUCAACGGCUGCUUCCUGGAGUCCCCGAAGGCCUUGAAGCCACCUCAGGGUACAUGUCUACUGCGUUACAUGCGCUGGGCCUGGUAACUGGCGAACUUCGCAUUUAUGGAUGCCACAACGAAGCGAACGAAAUGGGUAGACUCUCUCAUGAGGUCAUCCAGCAAUGGUACCAUGCUGUAGAACGUAUCAGGGCUGUCGCUGCCUCACAGCACGCUCAUCAGUCUAUUCCCGGCCUCUUUCCUCUUCCAAGUUUCGCUGCCGGACCACUUGUUGUGAUCACGAACGAUCAGGCGAGUGAGAUUAGCACUGAGCGAGGCCAUGCCGAGCUUAUUGAAGAUGACCAGAGCCAACAAGCCGCGUCUCAACUGCCAGAGCCUAAAGCAGAGACCGAGCCAGUGCCUGCGGGUGAAGCGAGCUGGGCUCACAUCGCUUCACUCGCAGGUAGGCCUCAAGUUACCGAACGUCCCGUGUCCCGUGCGAACCGAGAGGUUAGACACAAUGCUAGACCUCCUGCCAUAAUGCACGCUCCUAGCCGUCGCGCCACUGCGCUUGGUGGUGUUGCAGAAGCGUCUUCCAGCAGAGCUGCAACCCGCCACACUGACAACAACGGUAAUGGCAUCCUUGAAGACGGCAAGGCAGGGAUCGUUGUGAUCAAAGGACCGAUUGAGACCAUCAAGAACAUCCUCAGUUACACAUCUGUACGCAUCAUUGAAGGUGCGAUUUACGACAUUUCCAUCAACAAGAAUGAGGAGAUUGUCGUCAUCUUCCAGUAUGCCCUGCACGCGCAGAUCUUCGUUGACCGCAACACCGAGUCCGUUGCUACUCGCGGCGAGUCUGUCUUUGGACCAGGGGAUUGGGCUGUCACGCUUGGCAAGCAUAUGGAGUGGACUGACACACUUCGACGCAUGGCCCAUCCUCAUCGUGAGCGACGUCGUCUCACUUUCGUCAAGUCACGUCUUUUUGCCGACAACACCAGCUUCAUGAAAUGGGUUCGCGAAGUGCAGGAUGUGGCGGGKUCUAGCAAUGUCGACUUUGUCUGGGCCUUCAAUACUGGAAACGCUACCGCGGUGUUCUUCAGUGUGGCCACUGCCCGUAAGGUCAUGCAGACUUUUUCCCACUGGCGCGCCAGUCGUAGUUGCUAUGAGGACUUGGUUGUGUCGUACUCGUCCGAUCCAUGCGAGAAAGACUUGCAGCUGACUACUCAGCUUCGCUACCAUGUGCAGCCUGCCCACCGCCGUCGUCAUCACUACUACCACGGCAGGAAGUAG